AAACUCGGCGUUGUUUAACAGAAUCUUCAUCUAUCAACCCUUCUCAAAUCACUCCUCCUUCACACUGAUUAGGAAAUACUACUACUAUUUAAUAAAUCCACUGGAGAAAUCUGGUGGGGAAAUGGAUUCCCGAUUUUCAACCAAAUCGUGACUUAUCGGCAGGUUUCUGGCCGACGUUUCGCAGAAUCGCUGCAUAUCGGAUAAGAUUUUGCAGCUAGAUGGUUUUGUUAGUCGGCUGGUAGACGAGAUGAAGAAGAUCGACGCCUUCAAAUGCGAGCUAGAGCUACCUCUUUGCAUGCUUAUCAUCACCGACGCAAUUAUGAUAGUUGAGGAGGAGCUAGCAGUGUGUAAGAAAUUAAAAUCUGAGCCGGUGUUGGAAGAGUUCAUUCCUAUUAAAAAUGAUGAUAAUGAUAGGAAAGAGAAGGAAAUUAGCGGCUGGAUGAGUUGUGUGCAGUUAUGGAACUCCGAUGAUCAAAAUUACAAAACAAAGGAUGCUUUAUCUGAGAGUGGGAAGAAAGUAAUGAAGUUGCCUCCUGUUCCCGGGCUUUCUCUUUGUACGCCUGGAAUCAAGAAUUCAAUCAAUCCUAUUGGCAGAUCAAGCUCAUCAAAUCUUCAACCAAGCUUCAAGGAGACUGCUAGGAAGCAAAGGAGAUGCUGGUCCCCUGAUCUGCAUACGCAGUUUGUCAAUGCCCUGCAGCAUCUUGGAGGCCCGCAAGCUGCUACUCCCAAGCAGAUCAGAGAACAUAUGCAAGUAGAUGGUCUAACCAAUGACGAAGUGAAGAGUCAUUUACAGAAGUAUCGGCUGCACAUGAGAAAAAUCGCCAACAAGUCCCCGUCCCAAGAACAAUUUGGCGAGCAUAGCAACGGCUCCCCUGAAGGCCCUCUUCAUUUAUCGAGGUGCCCGGAAAGUGACACCCUGGACGACAAAGAUAUUGAUGAAUGAUCAGCAGACUACUCUUACUCAUAUGGGUGCAAUAGUGUAUAAAUGUCCAUGAGUUUUGCAGAUACUGAGAUAUAGUACAUGGGAGGGCUUUGAUCAUAAAAAAUAAACUAAAAUACACAAAAUUCGAAUCAAAUAUCAUGAGGCAGAGUUGUAUCAAAUUUUUGCAGCAUUAGGUUACCCCGUCGAUAUGUCUGAAAUGAAAAUUCUCAAUUAUUUCUUUCAUUAUAUCUCAAGAAUGUUAUUUAAAUUGCA